AUGAGGGCCAUUGGGACGCGAGGGUCUAUGGGGAGUAGACCCCAGCACCUCACCAGAGCAGCUCAGGAGGAAAGGCAACCCGUGGCCCAACUGCCUGCAAAGGUGGGGCUGGCACUGUGCGCACUGGGGCAUUGGGGCCGACACGAAGCCCGCAGCAUGUUUUGGUGUCGCUCAGCUCUGCUGUCCUGCGUGAUCGCUGACAAAGCAUUCUACCAGCAGCCAGAUGCCGACAUCAUCGGCUACGUGGCAUCGGAGGAGGCUUUCGUGAAGGAGUCCAAGGAGGAGACCCCAGGCACGGAGUGGGAGAAGGUGGCCCAGCUGUGCGACUUCAACCCCAAGAGCAGCAAGCAGUGCAAGGACGUGUCCCGCCUGCGCUCGGUGCUCAUGUCCCUGAAGCAGACGCCGCUGUCCCGCUAGCUGCCUGGCAUGAGCGCGGCCACAGGCGUGGGCGGGCCUGGGCGGAGGAGGAGCAGCUGCCGUGGCCAGGUGGAAACUUUCUCCGGCAGCUGCGACACAGUCUGUCCCGUUCCUCCCCUUCUCCCAGGGCUGAGAGGGGCACCCUCACCCUCUCGCCCCCGCUGCCCCCGGCCCUGUGGUCCACCCCCCACGCCUCCUCGUAGUCCACUAGAUUGUGACUGUCCCUCCUGAUGUAUUUUUGUUCUUGGCUUAAAGGGUGUGUUGUUAACUCUUUUUACACUUAUUUAUUAUCAUUCUCAUUUCUCUGGAAGCCGCAACCGGUGUCAGGGCUCAGUUUGUGCUUAGAACCUUCUCAGCUUCAUGGCCCCGAGAGAAUGUUCCCCUGGAAGCCAGGGGCUCAGAAGCGGGAGCCCCGACCUGUGUCUGCUGCCUCUGCCCUAGGGGGCAAGCCAGCCUCCCCCGGAAUGCUUGUGCAGCCUGCAGCUUUCUGAUCCUUUAACAAGCCCAAGAGGCCGAGAUUCUGUUAUUGUCAUCAUAGAGCCGAGGACACCAGGCUCCCAGAGGGGAAGUGGCUUGCAGCAGGAGGGACAAGGUUCCCGGUGGUGGCUUCCUCUCCGCCCGGAUGAGAGGCUGGUUGGUGAAGGUGGCUCUGCCAGACCCCCUUUCCCAGAGGUGGUCAGGACCCUCCGGGCAUGGGGGGCCCCCUGCUCUGUGUAUCUCACCCCCUCCUUCAGCCGCGCCCUUCUAUGGACUCGGGAUAAACAGCCAGUGACCACACCUGCUUCAGCAAGGGUGCAAACAGGACGUUCAUGACUUGCAUGGGAUUUAAACAUUCGAGUAACUGCCAAUAAAUACUAGUUUCCUAGGGCUGCCGUAACAAAGUA